AUGGGACGCUGCGUCCCUCCAGCGUCUUUCCGAACUAAGAGCGAAAGCACAGGGACGGGAGGAGCAGCGGCAGGUGCUGCUGGCACUACUGCUAGUGCUCGCGCUACUGCUGCCAGCGCCACUGCUAAUGCCCGUAUCGUGCCAGUCAUCAGUGACCCAGCAGUGGCACUGUUCACGUACCGUGCCGCCUGCCUCCUUCUAUGGGUGCGAGUGCACGGCCCCAGGCUCAACCCCCCCAGCUACUGCACCCGCACCAACCCGGAAGCCCCAGCCCUGGCGCUCCCGCACCCGGUGCACGACCUCCCGAGCCUCCUGCUCAGGUUCGGCGCCAUCCCCAAGCCUGUGGGCACGGCAGGUUCGGAAGGUUCUGCGGUGCAGGAGUUUGGUGCGGGAGGAGGGGUUCCGGGGUGGGAGGAGUUUCCAGUGGGGGACAGAGAGGCCCUGAAGGCACAAAGCAGUGGCAGUGCCCUGGGAGGGAGGGAACGAGUACAAGGCAUAGGAGGGGUGGAAGAGGGAACUGCAGGGCUUGCGAGUGGGGAGUUUUUGGGGCUGAAUACCUUUCAAACAGGCAGCUUACGGGACUCUGUGUUCGACCGAGAUGAGAUGCUGAAAGAAUUCAACGUUGGGUCAGCAAAGAGUCUGCAGGAGAGGGGGAUUGCCAUGAGCCCAGUAGAGAACAUGCAGGAGUAUGGAGCUGCCAAGGCUCUGAGUGACAGCAGCACGCACACUCCCACGUUCCCGACUGUUGCGGACCGCGUCGAGGAGUUUCUGAAAAGGUUCUCGCCGAAGCGGCUGGCGAAGGAGGGGCGGGGCGGGCCGCUGGCACGAGCAAUCACCGACUGGGUGCUGCGCCUCCAGCUGGUGGCAGCUGCAGAGACUAGCAGCAGCGGUGUCAGCAGCAGCAGCAGCAGCAGCAGCAGCAGCACAAACAAGGGGGCAAAGGGAGAGAAAAUUGAUAUGAGCUGGGCGGCGCUGGCCCUGGGGGCGUAUUCCCCGGGCAAGUUAAAGCCCAUGCUGAGAUCCCCUCAAGAGGUGGAUGCGUUUCUGGAGUUCAUGGCGGCCAUGACCACCCUCACGCCCGCCUGCACCGGCUGCAGCUUGUGUCUCAACGUGUUCAACCGGGCAGUUACUCCCGCCGCUGUUGUUGCCUCGUUUGCUUUCCGCCCCUCCUCGGUGCUCCUCCGCUGCAUCCUCUCGCUCUAUCCCCAGCGCUUCACUCCGGUGAGAGUUCUCCUAGACAAAUAG